ACUUUUUAAUCGUUCCACACGAGAAUCUCGUUACCUUGAAUCACCUUUUAGUUCUUAUUUGUUUCUACUCAGAACACGUGCAGUCGUUCGUCGUAACGAUUAUGUUAGUGAUAUUUACGUAUUGAACAACGUAACAGUGCCUUACCCACAGCUCAGGAAUUUUUUCAAUCAGCAUCUUGGUUGUAGAAUUGCAAUCUCAACUGGUAGUUACGGAAAUUUAACAUAUGAAGUUAUAUACAUCAACCAUAACCCGAUCAACCAUCGGGCACAUUCACACGAUUCGAUUAUCAUCAGUAAUUAUGCAUCCUCAACCAUCAGGUAAAGCUGUUAAGAAAGCCGGUAAGGCCCAAAAAGCUGUACGAGCUACUGACAAGAAGAAGAAGAAGAAGCGACGAAAGGAAUCUUUCUCCAUCUACAUUUACAAAGUAUUGAAACAAGUUCAUCCUGAUACUGGUAUUUCAUCAAAAGCCAUGUCUAUCAUGAACUCUUUUGUGAAUGAUAUUUUUGAGCGAAUUGCUGCUGAAGCUUCAAGAUUGGCUCAUUACAACAAGCGAUCAACCAUCACAUCUAGGGAGAUCCAAACUGCUGUCCGACUUCUCCUUCCUGGUGAAUUAGCUAAGCACGCUGUAUCAGAAUGA